AUGACGAAUUCUUCUCCAAGAGAAUCCAAAGAGGAAGAAAACAAAAGUAAACAUGGUCAAGACAAUCAAUCUUUUGCAGCUGAUAAUUCGCUAGAGGAGACAGUCUCCAUCGAUCCUGAUAAUGUCCGUGUAGCCUUUCGACGUGAUAGUAUCGCAGUUGAAGUCGAUCAACGACAGGACUCAGCUGCAACAUUGGGAAUUAAUGACAAUGAACAAUCACCGUACGAAGAAGUAGCUGCAAAUGUAUCCAAUAAAGAUGAUCCAUCGAUUCCUGCUCUAACGUUUCGUUCGUGGUUUCUUGGCAUUGCAUUUACAGCGGCCAUUGCGUUUGUGAAUCAGUUUUUCUGGUAUCGAACGUCACCCUUAGUCAUCGGUGUACUUGUUGCUCAAUUACUUUCACAUCUGGCUGGCAAAGCUCUCGAAAAGAUUUUACCGAAGAAAAACAUCAAAAUUUUUCGAUGGACCUUCAGUCUCAAUCCUGGUCCAUUCACUGUCAAAGAACAUUGUAUCAUUACAACCAUGGCUAGCACGGGAGUUGGUACGGCCUAUGCUAUUGAUGUUGUUACCAUUCAACGACUGUUUUACAAACGAGUGAUUCAUCCAGGUUUCGGUAUCAUAUUUGUAGUCACUUCACAGAUUAUAGGAUAUGGAAUGGCAGGUAUAAUGAGAAAAUUUCUGGUGUGGCCAGCAGCGAUGAUUUGGCCAGCUAAUCUUGUGAAUUGUGCACUUUUUCAAACAUUACACAAAGAAGAUAAAAAUGAAGAAAAAACGGAAGACGACAAAUCACGCUGGAAAAUAUCACGUUUGCGAUUCUUUUUCAUCGCAUUUUUUUGUCAAUUUCUUUACUAUUGGCUUCCCGGGUACAUCUUUCCCGUUCUAUCGCUUUUUUCGUGGAUAUGCAUGAUCAAGCCCGACAGUAUUAUUCUAUCACAAUUGACAGGUAUCAAUGGUCUUGGUAUUGGUUCAAUCGAAUUAGAUUGGAAUGCAUGGGUGUCAUUUCUUGGUUCACCGAUUAUUGUACCUUUUUGGGCACAGAUGAAUAUUCUCGUUGGAUUUGUUAUUCUAGCAUGGAUCAUAGCACCAGCAUCUUACUAUUCUAAUCUCUGGAAUGCAAAAGUUUUGCCUAUCUUUAGUCAACGAGUAUUCAGCACUGAUGGAUACAUCUACAAUAUCACAGCUGUGUUAAAGCUUGACUUACGUUUGAAUGAAACUGCUUAUGAACAAUAUGGUGAAAUUCGAAUGACACCGAUCUUUGCGUUCGCUUAUGGAAUCUCAUUUGCUGCCAUAGCAGCAGUCAUUGUACAUACAGUACUUUAUGAAGGCAAGACAAUCGUCAAACAAUUUCGAUCAUCGUUAAAAGACAAUGCUGGAGAUAUCCAUGCGAAAUUAAUGUCUCGCUACAAAGAAGCACCGGAAUGGUGGUACACAAUUCUAUUUCUCCUAGCAUUUGUCUUAGCUGCCAUUGUUUGUCAUUUUGGAGAAUUAAUGCCAUGGUACUUUCUCUUCGUUGCUGUCGCUACUGCCUUUUUCUUUCUUUUACCAACUGGUAUUGUUGCGGCCGUAACAAAUCAAGCUAUAGGACUCAAUGUAAUAACCGAGUUCAUUGCUGGUGUUGCCAUACCUGGUGAUCCACUAGCUAAUGUAACAUUUAAAACGUAUGGAUAUAUCAGCCAGAAUCAAGCAUUACUACUUAUUUCAGAUUUGAAAUUAGGUCAUUAUAUGAAAAUUCCUCCUCGUGCUAUGUUUAUUACACAACUACUUGGUACGAUUAUUGCUGGUGUGGUCAAUUUCGUUACUGCUGAUUAUCUGCUCCGUUCUGUACCACAUAUAUGUACGCCAGAGAAUCCACAAUGGACAUGUCCUGGUGCAAACACAUUCUUUAGUGCAUCGAUUAUUUGGGGAGCGAUCGGUCCGGUGAAGAUGUUUGGACCUGGAUCAACUUACUCAUCUCUUUUAUAUGGGUUUCUCAUUGGCGCCAUUCUUCCCGUUCCUGUCUGGUUAUUAAUGAAAAAAUUUCCUCAUAUUAAGUGGCUCAAACAUAUUCAUUUUCCGAUUAUGUUAUCAGCUACAGCAAUUAUGCCUCCUGCUCCACCUGGUAACUUUCCUUCAUGGUUAUUAGUUGGUUUUAUUUUUAACUUUAUCCUCGCUCGUUAUGCACGUACAUGGUGGACACGUUAUGCUUAUGUCUUUUCUGCAGCGAUGGACUGUGGAGUUGCAAUUGGUAUUCUAAUUAUAUUUUUCGCUUUACAAAAUAAUAGAAUAGAGUUUCCAACUUGGUGGGGUACUGGUGGACCGACUGGAGAUGGUUGCCCAUUAUCCCAUGCAAACUACUACGGAGUCAUUCCAACGGAUAGACCAAUUGUUAGUAACAGUUAG